CGGUCGCGCCUGCCUUUAGCCUGGGAACCCCCGCCACUCGUCCAUUUCCAGCUGCCGCCCACUCCCCUCCCUCUCAUCCCGUCAAAGAAGAGGAGACGAGAAAGUGAAGUCAAUCAAAUCCAUGGGGAUCGUGGAGGAGGCACACAACCUGCGGGUUGUCGGGGAGGGGAAGCGCGGAGUGAUCGUCCUGGCGCACGGCUUCGGCACGGACCAGUCGGUGUGGAAGCACCUGGUGCCGCACCUCGUCGCCGACUACCGCGUCGUCCUCUUCGACACCAUGGGCGCCGGGCCGACCAACCCAGACUACUUCGAUUUUUCCCGCUACGCCACGCUCGAGGGAUAUGCGCUCGAUCUGCUCGCCAUCCUGGAGGAGCUCGGGAUCGCCUCCUGCAUCUACGUCGGCCACUCCGUCUCCGCUGUAAUCGGCGUGCUCGCCUCCAUCUCCCGUCCCGACCUCUUCUCCAAGCUCGUACUCCUCUCCGCUUCUCCCAGGUACCUCAAUGAUGUGGAUUACUAUGGGGGAUUUGAGCAGGAGGAGCUUGAUGAGCUCUUUGAAGCGAUGAGAUCAAACUAUAAGGCCUGGUGCUCAGGUUUUGCACCACUCUGUGUUGGAGGGGACCUGGAAUCUGUGUCAGUUCAGGAGUUCAGCCGAACUCUCUUCAACAUUCGCCCAGACAUAGCCCUGAGCGUUGCCCAGACAAUCUUCCAGAGUGAUGUGCGCACCCUCCUACCGCUCGUCUCGGUCCCAUGCCAUAUCGUUCAGAGCACCAAGGACCUCGCAGUGCCAGUUGUGGUGUCAGAGUACUUGCACAAGCAUCUUGGUGGCGACUCCAUCGUUGAGGUGAUGCCCUCUGAGGGCCAUCUCCCCCAGCUUAGCUCACCGGACAUUGUCACCCCCGUAUUGCUCCGACACAUUCAGCAUGACAUUGCAUUCUAAGUAGUGCAACCAUGGCUCAUAGAAGCUGUUGCUUGGAAGCUUUAUGAGCAUCUUCAGGUCGUCCCUCGCGUGGCUAACGGCCUCAGCUCCCACUCCCGCACGUCCCCAACGACCUAGUGCAGGUCGUGCGCUGCCUAGUCCAGAUCUUGCGCCUUGUGCGUCCUCUCAUGCAGGGACUGCAGUUUGUACUCUCCUCCCCCCUCUGUACUUCUGUUGUAAACUAUAUAAGCCCAUCGAGGCAGGCAAUACAAUGUGUGCGAGAGUUACACAACAUAACUUGGUAUCA